AUGGAUAAAUCCGCUAUUUCGACCUUUAAACAAGUUAUUGUCGACCGCUUAGCUGAAGACAUUAUUAUUGUUACAUCGUCAAACAAUAAGAAGGCAGUAAGCUCCCUGUUUUCUUAUAACACUACCUUCCUACACUUUAACUUACCCUGUUACACCCUAACUAACAAAUACAAGGGGUCAAGAUCAGACAAGGUGUCAGACUACCCAGCCCUCUUUGGCAAGACAACAGACAUCAUUGUUGUUGGCGCUGUUGAAGACAGGGGCACCCGCGCCACAUAUUCUCUAGGCACCGGCAAAGAGCUAACCACAUCAGCCCCGGGCCGCGUCAAAUGCGCCUCGGGAGAUUCUAGCGGCUCGCAGCGGAGCUUUGGCACUUCCUUGGCCGCCCCCGCUGUCGCAGGCGUCAUCGCCGUCUGGCUCUCCCAGGACGAAUACCGUACCCGGCUCCAGGUUUCCGGCAAGGUCGCUACCAACGUCAAGGCCAUGGUCAAGUCCCUCUCAUACCCGCGCAUCAGGCGUGGGCCGCCCGUAAUCUGGAACGGCAUCGACCCGCGCCGCUUCGCCCCGCCCCCCAAGCCCCAAUGGAGCAAGAAGCCACAGGGCUUCCAGCGCGUCUACGAACGGGACAAUACAACAUUGAGCAGUGGUGCCUGGACAAGUGUAUAG